UGGUCUAUACGCUCUGAAAAUGUUUCUUCUUCAUUUUAGAUUUACGAAUAUUAUUAGCAUUUCUUUCUAACCUACUGAUUUAAUUUCCUUGGCUUAACACAUUGGCUGAAAGCUUUACUUAUAUAUGCUCUCUCAUGGGAAUACCUUAUACAUUUAUAUUUUUAUAUUGAUUUCAGGAAUGGUGUAUGACUGUAUGUGUUCUCUGUCGAUUUCCAUACAAGUUUGGUUUCCAAGUGUAAUAUGUCUUGUAGCCAUAAAACAUGGCUAUUCGAAAGACAAAACUUUGGACAUCUCUUGUACAUUUUUCUUAUGCUAUCCUGCAAUUUCGUUCAGCAUACUCAGUCUCUUCAAUGCAAAUGGUCCUCCAAGAAAAAAUCAAACAAGUAGUGAUGGUGAAAACCUAUGAGAAAAUUCCUGAUCUCCUCACAUCCUUUGAUCAAGCUCGCCAAAACCCAAAUCCUUUUUCUUUCCUUUCUGCCCUUCCACUGAUGUCUAGGACACAGAUAAUUGAUGAAAUUUUGCAGUCAUUGAUUCCUAUUAGACCUCGCUCCAGGCCCCAAAUUGCUUAUGCUUGCCUUCUUUCCUACACUUUGGAAAGCCCCAAUCCUCUCCCUCUUUCCCUUGUUGUUCUCCAACGAACUCUUCGUUCAGGUUGUGUCCCUGUCCCCCAAACCCAUCUUGCUCUUUCUUCUGUGUGGCUGAAACACUACCACCACGAACCUCACUCCAUCCAGGACAUCUUAAAGGAGAUGAAAUCAAUUGGAUACAAUCCUGACUGUGGUACUUGCAACUAUCUCAUAUCAUCUCUAUGUGCUGUUGAUCAGUUGACUGAGGGAGUUAAAGUCUUAAAGGGUAUGGCUCAAGCAGGAUGUAUACCUGAUUCAGAGAGUUAUGAUACAGUAAUAAAAGCAAUGUGCAAAGUCAGGAGGACAGCUGAGGCACUAGACAUGAUUAAGAAAAUGGUCCAGAAAGUUGGAUUAACUGCAAGACAGGGAACUCUAGUAAAAGUAGUAGCAGCAUUGCGGGCAAACAGAGAAAUGUGGAGAGCAGUUGAUAUGAUCGAGUUUUUGGAGAAGGCGGGUCAUGUUAUCGGCUUUGAGAGCUAUGAGUUGGUGGUUGAAGGAUGUUUAGAGCGUGGUGAGUAUAUUUUGGCAGGAAAGGUGGUCGUAGGGAUGACAAAUAAAGGAUUUCUCCCAUAUAUUGGGGUGAGACAGAAGCUUGUUCAAAGGUUAGCAAGUAUUGGUGAAUGGAAGCUUGCAUGUGAUGUGCGGCACAGGUUUGCAGAAUUGCAGUCAUAGCUUUUUGUACGUGUUUUCCAGCUUGGUCUCUGCAAUGGUCACUGAAUAUAGUGGGGACAUGGAAAUUAGGAUAAUGACAUGUAAACAAAGCUUCAGUUGAAUAUGACAUUGUGUUAUAGCUAAAGAAACUUGUGUCCCUAAGUUAAAAUCAUGUUAUUUACUAAAGCACGGGUGAAAGCCACACCAGCUCUUUUUGUACGCCAUUUUCACAAUGAUAAUGAGUGCUUAGUAUUAGUAUGAGAUGGUGCCCUAUAAUUGGUUAGUGAUUUUUUAUAAUCUUUAUUAAAGUAAAAUUAGUAGGAUCUAAUUUUGAAUUACAUCAAUAGCGAUAUUACACUUCAUAAAAGUGCUAGGGACUAUAGGUGUCCUUUUGUAUUUCUCUAUUUUUAAUUGUGGAAAGGAAUUUCAGAAUUUUUGAGGGAUGUAAAAGCUCAGCAGAAGAUUUGUGGGAGAAAAUUAAGUUUUGGUUAGCUAUGUGGGUGUACAAGUCCAAAUAUUUUGAGGAUUUCUCGUUUUUAAAUUUAAAUAGAGAGUGAAAUAUCUUGCGUAAGAAACUUGACACUGAUGUUGUAGAACUAGAUGAGAGUUUCUUUUUAUGUCCUAUAUUGUAAAGAGUGCUUUAUAUUGCCUUUUUGUUUACUACGGUUUUCCUCCGCCACAAGUGAGGGUUUUAAUUUCGAUAACGGGAGAGGUCGGUCUAAAACAAACGACCUCUUUCUCUUAUUUAAAAAAUUAUUGCGUAAAACAAUUACUUUCGUUUGCUUUUAUUCUAUUGAGUUGUUUGAAGAAGUUGAUCUAUUUUCCAUGGUCACAACAACUAGGAAGGUUGAUUAUUCAAUCAGGGCUCCUCCUGAAAUACAGUGCUAGGAAUUGAUUAGAUCAAGAUGUAACGUGCAUGAAGCAUGAGCGUAUGUCAGUCUGUUCAUCGCUUUCAGUAUAUACUUAUAACAGUAUCCAGGUUUUUUUUCUAUUAGUCCCUAUUAUUACCUGGUUUGCUUUAUGUAAAUUUCACACUAUUGGGGUAGCACAACAUAACCAUUUGCUGUUGUCAUUAGUAACAUCUGAUAGAAUUACGUUUAUUAUAAUUUUUAUUCAACAUCCACUAAUAAUUCAUCAAGUUUUAAUCCUUCAAAGGGUAGCUGGCUUCCAUGGCAAUACCACAUUGACCUCUCUUAUUUGUGGAAUCACGUUUCAUCUUUAUGUAACCAGAUUCACCCCAGUUAGUUCCCCAUGAAUUCUUCACAAGCCAAUACUUGGAGCCAUUCUCUUCACCAUAUCCUACUAGUGUUACACCAUGAUUAAGGUCGGUUCCACAUUGUCCGGUGAAGACACCAUGGGAAUAGAGUUGAAAUUCAGAACUAGCAGCAUCAAUUGCAACAGAGAUAGGUUGGUGAGCGGCUGCAGUUUGUAGUUUUCCUUCAUCAUUGGCAGGUACUCUUUCGUAACCACUUAUUGUCACUUUUCUAUUUUUUACCUUUUCGCGUUUGCACAGGCCAUCAUGUCCUUUGUAAGGAUAAUUUUUCUCUGUGGUGAGUCCAUUCCUUUCGAUAUAUUCAAAUGCUUUGUCCAUGAAUCCACCUCUGCAGCCAAGGUUCCCUGAGGUAACAUCGCAAUCCAUUAGCUGCUGUUCCGAUAAAGACACCAAUUUCCC